AUGCCUGCCGUCGAUAAAUGCCUGGCCUCUCUGGCUAGGCUGAGCCUGCUACAAGCCUCCCGACCAACGACGUCAAUGGUGUCGCGAUGCCUGGCGCCAGCAACCCUCGUGCAGACUCGCCAAGCCUCCGUCGUCCGCAUCAAAAAGGGACCAGUCAAGAAGAAGUCUGUGCCAAAGGAAUACAGACGCCAUAACCUCGACAAGACGGAUUUUCCCCGAUUCUCGCUCGUCGAAGCCAUGCGAAUCCUCCGCGCAUACGAAGUCGGCCAGCCUCCCGCCUCCGUCAAAUACGAUCUCGCCAUCAACCUGAAAACCGCCCGCAACGGCCCCGUCAUCAAGAGUAGCCUGCGUCUGCCGCACCCCGUCGGCACCGACUGGCGCAUCGCCGUCAUCUGCAAGGAGGGCAGCGACGUUGCGGCAGCCGCAUCUGCGGCCGGUGCUGUCGCCGUCGGCGAGGCGUCCCUCUUUGAGCAGAUCCUCAACGACAACAUCACCUUUGACCGACUGCUGUGCCACGAGGGCAGCGAAAAGGCGCUGCAAAAGGCCGGCCUCGGUCGCGUGCUGGGGCCCAAGGGCUUGAUGCCCUCGGCGCGCAUGAAGACGAUUGUGACGGACGUGGCCAAGUCUAUCCGCGACACGGCCGGCUCGGCGGAUUACCGCGAGCGUAUGGGCGUGGUGCGGCUGGCGGUUGGGCAGCUCGGGCACACCGCGGAGCAGCUCAAGGCCAACAUCUCGGCGGUGCUGGCUAAGAUUAAGGCCGAGUGCACGGAGAUUUCGGAGGAGUCGCACAAGGAGAUCCACGAUGUCAUUCUGAGCACGACUAAUGGGCCUGCCGUUAGCUUGAGCGGCAAGAUGGUCAGCGAGGACGAUGCAGUCACCGCGGAACAAUUAUCGAGCGCCAUGUAA